CAGAAACAUAUUAAAGUGGAUAAAAAUGGCAAAUAAAAAAAGUUGAUUUGUUUUUUUAUUUUAACAUCCGCUUGUAGUACAUCACCUCUGGCGCCAUUUUGGUCCGUUUGUCUAAAGGUAUAUUAGCAUGAUGCGCCCGUUUAUUGAUUCUAAGGCUGACCAGGACAAAAAGUUGUUCAUCGGCGGUUUAAGUCCUAAAACAGAUGAGAAUUCGCUCAAAAAUUAUUACGGUCAAUGGGGUGAAAUCAUUGAUGUUGUCGUUAUGAAAGAUCCUAGAUCUCAGAAAUCUCGAGGGUUUGGUUUUGUGACAUAUAAGGAUUCCUCGUCCGUUGACGCUGCACAAAACAAUCGCCCACAUACUGUAGAUGGAAAGGAGGUGGAUACCAAGCGUGCCAUGCCCAGAGAGGAAACAAGUCCUGAGGUUCAUGCUGCAGUAAAGAAAAUAUUUGUAGGUGCUUUAAAGAAGGAUGUAACAAAUGAAGAUCUUAGUGAUUACUUUUCUCAGUUUGGGACCGUAACUGAUGCACAGAUUGUUAUAGCUAAAGAUACGAAUACAUCCCGGGGCUUCGCAUUCGUUACGUUUGAUGACACAGAUGCAGUAGACAAAGUUAUUUUAGCUCGACCACAUACUAUCAAAGACUCUAAGGCAGAUGUACGAAAAGCACUCAGCCGAGAAGAAAUGAAUAAAAUGAGGUCAAAACCUGCACCUAUGAGAGCAGAUUAUAACGGUGGUGGAUGGCACGACAAUGCAAACGGAGGUUUCCAGCCUCAGUCAUGGGAUCAGGGUUACAAUCAACCUUACGCACAUCAACAGCCUUAUGCUUAUAACGGAGCAGGCUAUGGUUAUGGUGGUUACGAUGCAGGUUGCCCUGCAGGUGGUUGGCCUAAUGCUUCCGAUGGAUUCGGCAAUUAUCAGCAACAAGCCUAUGGUGGUGGUCCAAUGAGAGCGACACCUGCAAAUGCACAGUAUUCCCGUCCUGCUCCAUAUUCCGGUAAUGGUUGGCAACGCUAAAGUUAAUUUUGUUAUUUCAAUACCAAACGCCUAGUGCAUUUUGACAACUUUUUAUCACUUGCUGUAAAAUAUACAAAUCAGUUAUUCUGCUAUUGCCUUGUACUCCCAGCCGCUUGAUGCUAAUGUUGAGAAGCUAGUUAGGUCGCUAUUGGAAAAAGAUAAGGUAUGGCACAUUGCGACUCGUCACACCGAUUCCCAGUUGUAUACUCAAUAUGGAGAGGAAGCUCCCGUGAGACUCCAUGGAGAACUGGAUUGUGUUGCAGCAAGGAGGUUACAAUCAAUUCAAAGGUGGUCAGCAAACAAGACGGUGAGCUGGACUCCUUACCAUCUGGCUUAACGCGAGACGAGUGCAGCCAAUUUUUCACAUCAAUCGACGCAACUGAUGAAUCCGUUGGUUUUCUACACGAUGUUUGUGUUUUGUCUAGGGUUAUUGGUGAAUAAAAGUACUUUGUUUCUACCUGAAAGGGUUUUGUUUCAAAGUUUUUGAACAAUAUAACAGAUACAUUUUGAGAGAUAAAAA